AGGAAUAGAUCAUUCAUCCACUGUCAUCAGUUCAUUUUAAGACUGCUUAUUUGGGAGCAUUUGGUGUCGUGCAAAGCUCCACAAAAUAAAAGCGACGAAGUCACACUAGAAUUCAACGCAAAUGUAAUUUAUUUGUGUUUCUUUGCAUCAAGGCAACUAACUAAUUGAGAUACAUGGAGAUACUGUUCCUCUUGUGUGUAACGUGAUGCAGUAGUUUCCGUAAAUGGUCUUUCGAUGGCGACCGUACUGAAGGCGCGUGAGGGCUGCUCGUGCUCCUCAGCAGAAGCAUUUCACUUAUCAAACCACUUGACAGCCAUCUGUUUCAGUAGUUUUUGACUUUUUGUUCAGUGGCCGAACUGUGAAAAGAUUAUUUCUUCCAUGCGUCCAGCUUCAUUUUUUGUUGAAGAAUGACUUCUGUGUGGAAAAGAUUACAAAGAGUUGGCAAAAAGGCCACUAGAUUUCAAUUCGUGGCUUCAUAUCAAGAAAUCAUUCUGGAAUGUACAAAGAAAUGGCAACCAGAUAAACUGAGAGUGGUGUGGACCAGGAGGAACAGACGCAUUUGCUCCAAGCUUCAUUCAUGGCAGCCAGGCAUCAAGAAUCCCUACAGGGGAAUGGUGGUGUGGCCUGUACCUGAAAAUGUGGACAUUACUGUCACACUCUACAGGGAUACACAUGCUGAAGAGUUUGAAGACAAAGAAUGGACAUUUGUCAUUGAGAAUGAGACGGCAAAAGGCAGUCGGAAAGUGCUGGCGUCUGUGGAUUUGAACAUGAAUAAGUUUGCCAGUGCCACACACUCACAGAUGGACCUGACCCUCAAGCUGAAGCCCUUGUCGGUGAAGGUGGUGGAGGCCACUCUGAAGCUCUCCUUAUCCUGUGUGUUCCUCAAGGAGGGGAAAGCCACGGAUGAGGACAUGCAGAGUCUCGCCAGUCUGAUGAGUGUAAAGCCAACAGAUAUUGGGAACCUGGAUGACUUUAAUGAGAGUGAUGAGGAAGAUAAGAGAUCCAGUACUGGGGCUAACCUCAGUAAUGUAGUUCCAGCAUCGCACCCUCCUCUUCGAGCAACACGUUCCCUAGAAAAAAGACCUGCAUCUUUAAAGAGCCGUUCAGCAAUAGUCAGUGGUAAAGAGAGGCCUUCUGGUGGCGUCCUCUCCCAUCCAGUAUCUUGCACUAUUCAUAACCCUGACCUGCCAUCACGUCCACCUUUGCCCACCCCACCCAGCCCAACCCCUCACACUGUGCCCUCACCCGCCCGGUUCAGACCAGCACGUCCACCACCCCCACCCCCUGCCCAUUCGCAGACCCCAUCUGGCUCCCACACGGAACAUAAUCUUACUGCUUUGCUCCCUCCAGAGUUACCCAAAGUCUUCCAGCCCUCCCCUGGCUCAGCUCUUGUGUCUUUUCCAAGACGACUGUCAGGUUCUGAGGCCCCAUUGGAGGGUCCAGUGACCUCUGACUAUCCUCUGCUCAAACUGCCUCUGGCUUCUCCCUCUGCUCCCUUUUUCUCUCAACCUUCCUCUUCUUCCAAUGUGGUACUUAAAGACACAUUUGGAGCACCUUGCACCAAUGUUUUUAAGCCCAAGACUUUUCCUGGUACUCGCCCUAUGUCCCCAACUCCUGCCCCCCUCCUCGAACCCAAAACUUCUUCCCUAUCGCUUUCUGACGCCAUUAAGCAUCCUUCUGGCACAGAGCCAGUAUCUGCAGAGCUAAACGAAUGGAAGAUGUCUGUUUCUACAUCUCCUUACUUCUGUGCCUCUCUAAAUGAACCUGUGAACCCUGUUCCUUUGCUAAGCAGUCCAGACCUUGAAGCACUGUGCGAAACCUCUUGCCCUUCUAAAUCACUCAUCUCUUCUACCUCAGUAAUUCUCUUAUCUACUACCCCUGCUCUUGCCCUGUCAACCACUGAUGCCCUCACAGCUGCCCCGUGCAGUUCAACACAGCCCUCUCCAGCCCGGUCAGAGAUACCCAGGGAGCUCAACACACUAACAGAGGAGGAUCAAACAAAUCCAUUUUUACAAGAUUUACUUGCUGAGAAGCAGUCUCAGGUUAAUCUGAAGAGUUCUGAGCCCAGACAAGAGCAGCCUCACUCGUCUCAGAUCGCCGGCAGCAUUAGCAUUGCUAAUCAACAAUCUCCUCCUUCGCGUCUUCAAAAUGAGACCAACAGUGCUCAAGACAAAGCGACCAGGCCUGCCGCAGCUGUCGAAAGUCUUGGGCCAUCAGUUGACACAUCUGGAGGAUGGCCUUUGGAAGCUUAUGAGGAUUUGGCCAUUGGGACUGUACAUUCCCCAUACUCAUUCUCUGUUCCAACAACAAUACAUGCCUCUUCAGUGACUUCGAAAUUCACUCAUAGAGAGGAACUUCCAAAGAAGAAUCUGCCAGUAUUUAUUGCAGAGAAACCACCACUGGCUGAGGAAGAGCCUGAUUUUAAAUUGGAGGAUUUUGAUACAGUGAUUAUAACCUCUGAGCCCAUUGAAGGUCUUGGUGGCAAACGUCCUGAGAAAGCCCCGCUAGUUUCAGAAAAUGUCCUGCUCACUAAUGCAGAACCUGAGAAAAUUUACUUUAAACACUCUGUCCAGUCCGGCCUGGGUCAAACCUUAUCAAUGACUCGUGAUAACUUACUAACGCAACCAGAGGUAUCAGCAGAGGAAUUUGUGUCAAAAGGGCAACCAACAGAGCAGAAUGCGAAGAGUGUUCUGCUUUGCGCAAACCUCAACAGGUCAGAUGAGGACAGAAUGAUCAAAAAAAUGGCCAUGAACCAGUCUCAAAAGUUCAAUCUUGUAAAGUCUCUAACUGUCAAGGAAAGUCAAAAUGAAAAUGAAAAGGCCUUCUCUCAGGAUUUCCCACCACCAGCUGAAAGGCCUUGCGUGGAAAAUAUGGAAGAUGUUUACCCCCAGAUUUCAGAUUUAUCUAAGCAGCUUCCUCCCAUUCAUGCCCAAUCCCCAGAGUCCAAAGUCCUUAAAAGUGCCUCAGAACAAACUCUACCAGUCAGAGAACUAGCCAACUCAGAGCAGAUUGUAAAGGAAUCAGACAAUACAGAAUUAACCCAGAAAGGUGUUGAAACUGACUCACUUCUCCAAGCUGAGGUUCCAAUCUGGAGUGCUCUGGAAGACAAUGUAAAAGAUCUGAAAGAGGAUCAAGCCAGAGAUGAGGAAAUAAAUAUGCACAAAACAACUCACAAGAUGCCAGAAGCAGAGAAUAAAGCUGAAGUGUCCUCAAAAAAGGCUUUAGAAUCAGGUGAAGACAAAGCUGAUAACCGAAUCGAAAAUGCUGAAAAUCCCAGUUUAAUUGAACCAGUGUCCCAUGAGCUAAGACCUUCAAUUGUCUUUAAAACACAACCAGCUGAAACUAUUAAGGAGGAAAAGACAAAAGAGGUUCAUGUAAAAGUCAGUAAACCAGUCCAUUUGAAGCCUCCGUUGCCUGAGAUCUCACCUGCUGUUGCUGUGAAGGAAAAGGCCAACAGGACUUCACUGCUUAUGGAGGAACUUUGCCCUUUGAAUCCCAGCCUGUCUCUGAAUGUUAAGUCUGAAGGAAAGGAAUCAAAGAAAAAGGUCACAUUUGAAGCAGAGACUCUCUUAUGGGCCACGGUAGAGGAGAAAGCAAUAGAGAAAGAGGAUGAGGGUGUUAGCACUGGCAGCUUGAUGCCAGAGAAAGAGGUUCUGGAUAAGGGUUAUGAGACCAUGGCCUCUAUACUGCAGCAGCCAAGUCCUGCAAAAAUACAAGAUGAAGCAAUAUUGGACAAUCAAGAUGAAACCAUGGUUAAAAUUCUUCCUUCUGAGCCUUUUAGUGAUACAAAAAUUGAGCAUCCUACCGACUAUGAGCCCAAAGAAGACAUUAUAAAAGAUUUGUUACCAAUACAGGGAAUCAGUGAAUUACAGAUAGAUAUUCUGACCUCCUCUGAGCCUCUUAAUAUGAGUCUGGUGGAUUGCCUGAAGCUGGCUGCUAGAGAAGCUCAAAGCAGAGGAUCCAUGAAUUUUGAGUCCCAGGCCGAAGGAAUAACUUCCAAAGAGAAAAUAGCAAUUGAGCCCUUGCAAAUUCCAAUACCAUUAAUACAUGACAAAAGUGUGAAGACUGGAGCAUGUAUAGCUAGCAAGAUUGUGGUAUCAAAUGUGGAAAAAUAUGAAGAGCCAUGCUUACCUUUGGAAACCACACGAGAAGGCAUAAUUUCUAAAGAAGAUGUUCAAGACCUUAGCAAUGUGGAAACAGAUCUUCUGCUGAACGAGGUAGACUUUGUGGAAAUAAGAAUAGACGAAAGCCCAGAGGGGAACAGACAUGAAGAACUUCUGCCUGCUAAAACCGUCAGAGCCCAAAUGACUUCUGGCAAGACAAAAGCAGCAGAUUUAAAGCCCUUGGCAGAGUUGGAGGGUUCACAGGAGGAGCUGGAAUUUGAACUAGGUCAGGAAGACUUAGGGACAGUGUGGCUUGCUGAGCUAUAUAUGGAUGGAGGACCCAAGGAAUCCUCAAUAUCCCCAACAUCACAAACAACAUUAUUCACGUCCAUACAGACACUGGAAUCCCCUCAGCCUGCCUGUCCACUAAAACCUGUGAAUAUAAACCCUGUGUCUAUAUUACAAGACACCACAUCAAUGAUAAUAAUUUCCCAGACUGCUAGCAAAGACGAGAGUGUGCAGUUACCUUCUCCAGUGCCUCUAAAGGAAGUCGGCCUAGAUGUCACAAAUCAAGUCCCAAAUUCUGCAGCUGUGAAAAGACAUGUAGUUCCUCCACAAUGCAUUGAAAAGGGAACUACUCCUCAUGUAACUACAGAGACAGCAGAUAUAGAGACUCAUGAGAAAUUCAAGGAUGUUGCCAAAGAGCCGAGGAAGAAGGAAUCUGCUCCACUAGAGGGUGCUGGUAAUGACAAAAUGUGCUUCAGUAACACUUCAAAACUUGAGAUGGAUAAACAGAGCUCCUUAGUGAUCACCACAGCAACAGUUCCUUCAAAAACCGUUCAUUUACCAGCCACAGUGAGACCGAAAGAUAUAAAUCUUGAUGAGAAUGUUGUUUCUGGAAAGGACAUUUCUCCAAGAAGCUCAGUGUUGGCUUGGCCUCUUCCUUCUCCUAAACUUGAUAGACACGAUGAGGUCUCAAAUGGUACAGAGCCCUCAAAAGACACAGAAAGUUCUUGUCGAAAAAAUGACAAUGUCUCUGAGGAGAGCAUUCAGCUAGCAAAGAUUCGUCAAAUAGCAGAAGAGGAGAUGCUGCAGCCUCCAGCACCUGUUCCAUGCACUAAGAAACGUUUGAUCCCUUGCAAGUCUGACUUUGAACUUUCUCCACCUCCCCCCCUUCAAAUAAAGGUCAGCACUACAUCCCCCAAGAAAGAUGGGGAGAUAUUGCCAAAUGUAGAUCAGAGCAUCCGUAUUAAAACAGAAAGUACAAAUACACUUGGAACUUCAUUAUCAGCGAUCUCCCCUGAGCAGAUCAUUCAAACAUGCAAUGUAAAGAUUGAUAUCAGUCAGUCUCAGAGUUCCUCAAUGCUACUGGAAAGCUCUAGCACAUCACAUCUUAAGUCCGAUGAUAACCAAAGAGAGGUUAAAGAUGCUGUUUUAGAAAAUGUCGACUCAAAUGAGCAAGAAAAAAUCAUCCUGUUGGAACGUCUGGCAGCUGAAAAGGAGUGCCAAGGGUCACCAGCUGAAAGUGAGGAUAAGGAAGAGUCAGAUUUAAGUCUUGAUAGAAGUAAAGAGGCUCAAAUAGAACAAGAGAGAACAUCUCCGGUGCCAGAUGAAUUGUCUGGUGUACCUCAGGAAAGGGUGUCCAACAAUGUCACCCCACAAACUAAAGGGAGCACGAAUCCAUCUAAGAGCCCAGGCAUUAUGCAGGUUAAUGGCCAGACCACAGACGCAUCUCAAGUGAUUGUGCCUCCAGUGCGCAUUAAAAAGAAGGUAAUUCCACCGCCAAUGGACCUCGCAUUAGGAAUAACACUUGACGAGUCAACUAGAGAUGGUUCAGCAGUGUCAGCAUGGGAUUUUGCCAGUCCACUGGCCAGUCCUGGUUUGGUGAUGUCCAGUCAGUCCUUGCUGGAAUGGUGUCAAGAGAUCACUAAGAACUAUAAGGGGAUAAAAGUCACAAACUUCAACACCUCCUGGCGUAACGGCCUGGCAUUCUGUGCUAUCUUGCAUCACUUCCAUCCUGAAAAAAUUGACUUUGAUGCAUUGGAGCCUCACAAUAUAAAGCUAAACAACAAAACAGCUUUUGAUGGUUUUGCAUCAUUGGGAAUCUCUCGUCUAUUGGAGCCUUCAGACAUGGUGCUCCUCUCUGUACCAGAUCGAUUGAUUGUCAUGACGUACCUGUGCCAAAUCCGUGCACACUUCACUGGACAGGAACUGAGCGUGUUACAAAUUGAACAGAACAACAGUCAAACCAGCUACAGGGUGGCUGAGCCCAACCAGGGGCCGGAUGUAAAUGCAGCAGCAAAGUUCUGUGCGGAGAGGCUACAUGUUGGAGCUUUGUCAGGGGACAGUAACAGCAAGAAAUUACUGGGAGAGGAGGGAUCUGACACUGUGGCUAAGCCUAACGGAGAACUUGUUCCUCCACCUCGGAUUAAACGUGCAGGUAAGGUGGAUGAGAAGGAUUGUAAGGAGACAGCAGUCAAAGGAACAGAGGGAGGUGCACAGACUCCGGUGGCUCCACAACGGCCGAAUGCAGCGGCAUCCAGAUCAGCAUUAGGGCACCUACGAGAUGUGGAUCUGGUGAAAAAACAACGCUCGCGGCUAAAGAGUGAAUCCAUUGAUGAGCCUGAUUCAAAAGAGCAGGCAAAGGCGACAGGUAAAGGUGAGCCUGCAGUUGAAGGAACAAAUGGCUCAACAGUUGCCAGAGAGAGUGAUGAAACUGAACCUCACGAGACAAACCAAGACGUUAAAGCAGCAGAGAAUAAAACAAUGUGUCUUCAGGACACCAAUCAGUAUGUUCUGAGUGAACUUCAGGCGCUGGAAUCAGAACAGAAACACGUAGACAGUAGAGCUGCCAUCGUGGAGAAGAGACUCAGAAGACUCAUGGAGACAGGAAGUUAUAAAGAUGAAGAAGAGAAGCUGAUUCAGGAGUGGUUCACACUGGUCAACAAGAAAAAUGCUUUGAUCAGGAGACAAGACCAUCUGGAACUGCUGCAAGAAGAGCAAGAUUUAGAAAGAAGGUUUGAGCUUUUAAAUCGCGAGCUCAGAGCCAUGAUGGCCAUUGAAGACUGGCAGAAGACUCAAGCCCAGCAGCACAGAGAACAGCUACUGCUACAGGAAUUGGUGUCUCUGGUCAACAAGCGUGAUGAGUUGGUACGAGACAUGGAUGCAAAAGAGAGAGGGGCUCUGGAGGAGGAUGAGAGGCUGGAGAGAGGUCUGGAAGAAAGACGAAGAAAAUGCAGCAAUAAGGAAAAGUGUGUUCUUCAAUAAAAAUGCUAAACUUUAUAUCAGAACUGUGGCUCACUGCACCCAGCACUCCACCAGAGACAACUUACAUUUGGCAUCUAAAUCACUUCGACCAUAACGGGACAUGAGUGUGCCUUUUUAGAGUCUUUUGGUUUGAAUGUGAAGACCUUCAAGAGACAUUUUGGAGGAUUGUGGGAUCUUCUUGGGAUAUAAAAUAUGUCCAGUGAAGAUCAAGUUAUUCUCUAAAUGUUUUAUUUUUUUAAGUCUGAACUUUAAUUUGAUGGUUUUGCCAAUGAAGUGGUAUUCCAUCUAGAGUUUGGUAUGCAAGCAAUAUUACUGUAAAUCUGAAGAGUCUAUUUUGCCAUGUGUUUUAUUGGAUAAUUUGUAUCAAUUUCUUUCACGUUGCUCCAUAUAGGACACAUUUUUCUGAAGGGGCUUGAACCAAAGUUGGCUGUUUUACAUUAUUUAUUUAAGUGUGAUGUUUCCUGGUAUGCCAGAAUGUCUCUGCUGUGCCAUUGUUUUGUAAUAGCUGCAAAAUUGUAUUUUCUGAUGGUUCAUGAACAGUAUAUGUUAACUUUUUUCUAGUAUCUAAAGAGGACUGUAUUUAUAAAGUUAUUUUUGCAUUGCAGUGCCUUUAGAGGUUUAAUACCUUUUGACAUGGGGCUUUUUCUAUAACAAAGACAUUUUGCAUUUUUGUCUUUUGAAGCUUGAAAUCUAUCUCAAAAUGAAAAAUAUUUAUGGAUUGUUUUAUAGAGUUUUAUAGGCACUGUAAUCCUUUUGAUGUUGAAAUGUAUUAUUCAUUCCUAUUUGAACAUUAAGGGUGUUUAAUUCGAUAAAGUUUGAUGCUGUUUUUAUUAUCUUUGUAUCAAUCAUAAUUUAGAUAUUAUAUCUGGAUACAGAAUUGUGUUUUGUAAGCAUUGUACCUUUUCAGAUUGUUCAGAGUUUUGAAGUUAAAGGGAUAUUU